AUGGCUCCCAAACGUGUCGCGAUAGUCACCAGCAGCACCCGCAGCCCCCGCCUCAACCCCACGAUAACGCAGUAUGUCUAUGACGUCCUCACCUCCGACCCGACAAUUCCAACAAACCACAACGGAACAACCGACACAGAUCCUCGCCACAUAACCUUCGAAAUCCUCGACCUAGCAAAGCAAUCCCUACCCCUCUACGACGAAUCUGUCAUCCCCGCCAGCCUACCAGCAGCAGACCCCACUCCGCACUACAGUAAAGCGCACACGCGGGCGUGGUCCGCGGUAGUGCGGCAGUACGAUGCCUUUAUCUUCGUCACGCCGCAGUAUAACUGGAGUAUCCCGGCGAGUUUGAAGAACGCGCUUGACUAUCUCUUCUUUGAGUGGAAGGGGAAGCCGGCGGGGAUUGUUUCGUAUGGAGGGCGGGGUGGAGGGAAGGCGGCGGAUCAUCUGCGUGGUAUUUUGACGGGUUUGCGGAUGAGGGUUGUUGGUACUGCGCCUGCAUUGCCGGUUAAGUUUACUGGGUUGCCUGUUGGGGUGGUACCGGAGGUGGAAGAGAUGGUGCAGUUGGAUGAGAGGGAUCUUGUCGGGUGGAGGGAGGCUGGGUUUGAAGGGAUGAUGCGGAAUUUGGGAAUGGAAUUGGUUUGUGAAUUGGAUAAGGAAUGA